UCCCAGGGUGCUGUUCGCGGCGUGCACUCCGCCGUCCCGCUGGAGAGAGACAGUCUGCGCGGAAACUUCGCCAACGAGUCGCUGCGGGCUGCCGCCAAAACGGACAUGUUAGCGUUGAGGCCCUGAAGGCGGGACGCUGCUGAAAACGACGUCCCGCGACCACCUUUCAGCUCCUCGCGCCCGGUAGCAUAGGCCGCCGACCGACAAACAUGGAGGCAGUGAACGCCUUCAACCAGGAGCUCUUCUCAUUGAUGGAGAUGAAGCCUCCAAUUUCUCGGGCAAAGAUGAUUCUCAUUACUAAAGCUGCCAUUAAAGCCAUUAAGCUUUACAAACAUGUAGUCCAGAUUGUAGAGAAGUUUAUUAAAAAGUGUAAGCCUGAAUAUAAAGUUCCUGGGCUGUAUGUUAUUGACUCCAUUGUUCGCCAAUCUCGUCAUCAAUUUGGAACAGACAAGGAUGUUUUUGGGCCAAGAUUCUGUAAAAAUAUAACUGCUACAUUCCAGUAUUUAUAUCUCUGUCCAUCAGAAGAUAAGAGUAAGAUAGUUCGUGUCCUCAACUUAUGGCAGAAAAAUGGUGUGUUUAAAAUAGAAAUAAUUCAGCCACUUCUGGACAUGGCAGCAGGAGCUAGCAGUGCAACCACAGUGACAGAAGAUGCCACCAAUAACGAAGGUUCACCACCUUCUGCUACAAUUCCAUCUGAGCCUCCACAGGUUGGUGCUAAUUCAGUACCCACUGUGCCACAGUUGCCCAGUUCUGAUGCAUUUGCUGCUGUUGCUCAAUUAUUUCAAACAACACAAGGACAGCAGCUCCAACAGAUUCUCCAGACUUUUCAGCAGCCUCCUAAACCUCAGUCUCCAGUAAUAGAUAAUAAUGUAAUGGCUCAGGUUCAAGCUAUCACAGCUCAGCUGCAGACUACGACGACACAACCAUCAGAACAAAAGCAUGAUUUCCAAAUACCAGAACAAAAAACAUCUUUUGAUAAGAAGCUGUUGGAUCGCUUUGACUAUGAUGAUGAACCAGAAGCAGUAGAAGACACAAAAAAAGAAGAGGCCACACCUUCUCCUUCACUCUCUCAACCAACAUUUGGAUUUCCAGGUGAAGGCUUACAGCAACCAGUUUAUCCUCAGCUUCCAAAUAUAGAUCAGUUUCAGCAGAGAAUGCUGGGAAUGCAACAGGAUGCAAUGCUUCACCAGGUCCCACUCCCUCCAAAUGGACAGAUGCCUAGCUAUGGACUUCUACCUACACCACAGUUUACUCCCAUAGCUCAACAAGUGAUACAGUCUUCACCUCAGGUGCAGCAGCCUUUCCAAUCAUCUUUUCCAGCACAAAGUGAAUCACAUAUACAGAAAGCACAUCAACAGGAACUGGAAGUGGAUCAACAUCCAACUCAGGAAGGAAAAAGGCAUGAGAACAGAAAGUCAAGAUCUAGAUCUGCAUCAAGAUCACCCAAGAGAAGAAGAUCACGAUCUGGUUCUCGAACUCGAAGAUCACGCCAUCGUCGUUCUCGUUCUCGUUCCCGGGACAAGCGACGUCAUUCUCCUAGGUCACGGUCCCAGGAAAGACGUGAAAGAGAGAGAGAGCGAGAGCGCAGAAUAAAAGGCCUUCCUCCAAUCAAACCGGAAACUGUUAGUGUUUGCAGUACAACUCUUUGGGUAGGACAACUGGACAAACGAACAACACAGCAGGAUGUUGGAGGUCUCCUAGAAGAGUUUGGUCUAAUUGAAUCUAUAAAUAUGAUACCACCAAGAGGAUGUGCUUAUAUUGUAAUGGUACAGAGACAAGAUGCAAACCGUGCCCUACAGAAACUGAGUCGUGGUAACUUUAAAGUCAAUCAGAAAUCUAUAAAGAUUGCUUGGGCUUUAAAUAAAGGAAUUAAACCAGACUAUAAGCAGUAUUGGGAUGUAGAAUUAGGUGUUACCUACAUACCAUGGGGUAAAGUUAAACCUGAAGAUUUGGAAAGCUUCUGUGAAGGAGGAAUGCUGGACAAUGAUACACUUAGUCCUGAAUGGAAAGGAAUUCCAAAAAAAUCAGAAAACCAGUUAGCCCAGAAUGGAGGGGCUGGAAGUGGAGAUUCUGCACAUAAUGAACAAACAUCACCUGUAGCUAAAGCUUUGCCAGUUCAAAUGCCUGUUCCUAUACCUACACCAAUAACAGUACCUCCCCCACAGGUUCCACCACAUCAACCAGGUCCUCCAAUGGUUGGUACGCUUCAGCCUCCUACAUUUACUCCUCCAUUAGGAAUUCCACCUCCUGGAUUUGGACCUGGAGUUCCUCCACCACCACCUCCACCAUUUAUGCGACCAGGUUUCAAUCCAAUGCAUUUACCACCAGGUUUCCUUCCUCCUGGACCACCACCUCCCAUUAAUCCUUCAGUUUCAGUUCCUCCAGUUUCUGUCCCUCCUUCUGGAGGAGUAAAUAUCCCAAAUUCUACUGUGGCCAGUAUAAAUGAAGACACUACAAAAGACUCUUCUGUAGGAAACCCUAUUCCAACAGUAGUUUCUGGAUCCAGAGGAAAUGCUGAAAAUGCAGAAGGCUCCAAAGGAUAUCCAAAUGCUCCACCACCUGUAACUUCUGCUAGUAUAUCAGCUCCUGUAUCCCAACCAGUCCCACUUCUUGGUGCUCAAGGAGUUACACCUAGUCCAGUGAUUGGGCUUCAGACACCUUCUACAGGUCUUUUAGGUGCCCGACCUGGUUUGAUACCACUUCAGAGACCUCCAGGAAUGCCACCUCCCCAUCUCCAACGAUUUCCUAUGAUGCCACCUCGGCAUAUGCCUCCCCACAUGAUGCAUAGAGGUCCGCCUCCAGGCCCAGGUGGUUUUGGAAUGCCUCCACCUCAUGGGAUGAAGGGCCCUUUUCCACCCCCUCACUUUGCAAGGCCCAGUGGAAUGCCUGGAGGUGGUCCAGGAGGACCUGAGGAUAAUAGAGAUGGAAGGCAGUUCAGGAACGACAGGCCACCAUUUACUCCACAUAGAGACCAGGAAAGAUUUGGAAGGAGAUCUUUUGGGAAUCGGAUAGAAAACGAACGCGAGCGCUAUGGCAACCGUAAUGAUGACAGAGAGCAUGAACGCCUUGGUAAUCGUGAAAGAAGAGAAUGGGGGAGAAGAAGCCCUGAACGUGAUAGACACAGAGACUUGGAGGAAAGAAGUCGGCGUUUCAGUGGACAGAGAGAGAGAGAUUCUAGAGAUAGGGAACCCCAUAGAGAAAAAGAUGAAAAUCGAGGAAAGGAGAAACCUGAGUUAACAGACAGAGUAGAUGGGGUCAAAAACUAUGAAUCUCAGAGCAGUAAAGUAGAAAACACAGACUCUGUUUCAGAACUUAAUGAAGAGUCUGAACCUAUCGGUGUGAAACCAACUGAAGAAGUAGCAUCUGAGUCUACCUCAUCUCUUGAAAAACCUGAAAAACCUACUGGCUCAGCUGUAGAGGCUCCCCGUUAGAGACUGGAAUUUGUCAAAAAUGACAUGGGAGUGUAGAGCUUUAGAAUUGUACAGUAUGCUGUAUAUUUGCUUUUGCUAUAUCACAAUUCCCCCAUAGUUUAUGGGGACAUGUAAGCAAUUUGAUUGCUUCCCUUCUAUUUAAAAUAGCUACACAAUAAUAUGAAAAGAAAUAAACCAUUACCCAUUUUCUGCUGUAACUUUUUAAAAGUUUUGACUUUAAAAAGUUUACAAUUCAGACUUAGAAGUGCUUUCUAUUUUUUUUAAUUUAAGUGAAGGUAAAAUGGUAAAAGCUCCUAAAAAUAGGGAUGUGUUUUUAAUAAACUCUAUUUUCAUAACAA